AUGCUUUUCAAAAAAGACAAAAAGGACAAGGAGCCUCAGGAUGUCAACAAGGACGUCACUCACGUGCCCUUCACGGAGCCCACAGACGAGUCCAAGGUGCCUGGCGAGCUGAAUCUCACUUCUGACCAGAAGGAGAAGUUCACCAAGGUGUACCAGCACUUUGCUAAGGAGGGCUUCACUGUUGCCGACUCGGAGGAGUCACACAAGCACAAGGACAAGGCUCACUAUAAGCCUUUGACGGAAGACGAGAAGUCCUGGUUGACCAGAGAGUGUUUCUUGCGGUACUUGAGGGCGACUAAGUGGAAGGUGGAGGACGCCAUCUCCAGAAUCGAAGGCACGCUUGCCUGGAGACGUGAAUUUGGCAUUUCCGGCAACUUUGACCUGGAAAACGAGGUCAACGGCACCCUUGUUGCCCCUGAGAACGAAACAGGCAAGGAGGUGAUCUUGGGGUACGAUAACGACGCCAGACCCUGUCUCUACUUGAAGCCUGGUCGCCAGAACACCAAAACGUCUCAAAGACAGGUCCAGCACGUCGUGUACAUGCUUGAGAAGGUGAUCGAUUACAUGCCUCCCGGCCAGGACUCCCUUGCUUUGUUGAUUGACUUCAAGGCCUCUCCUGUGGGUACGCAGAACGGCAAAAUCCCACCAGUCAGCACAGGAAGACAGGUGUUGAACAUCUUGCAGACACACUACCCAGAGCGUCUCGGCAAGGCCCUCUUGACGAAUAUCCCAUGGCUCGGAUGGACGUUCUUGAAGAUCAUCCACCCUUUCAUCGACCCACUCACGCGAGAGAAGUUGGUGUUCGACCAGCCUUUCCCAGAUUACGUGCCUAAGCUGCAGUUAGACAAGGACUUCGGCGGCAAGGUCAACUUCGAGUACGAGCAGGAGAAGUACUGGCCUCAAAUGAUCAGCAUUGCCGAGGAGAAGAAGCGCAAGUACGUCAAGCGGUUCGAAACGUUCGGCUCCAAGGUGGGCUUGUCUGAGUACGACUUGAGAGGCGACCACGAGGAGUUGAAGUACCCGCCAGGCGUUGCGUAA